AAGUCAACAACAAUAACGGCCUUUAAUAUUCGUUCCCCGUCCUCCUAUCUUUCAGUUCUAAACCCUUUCGAGCAGAGAGAGAACCUCCUAAAGGGCAAAAAGGAGCCCCGAAGGAACCGCUGACUUGAACAUGCCAACAUUGAACUGCCUGCUAACGAACCCUUCUGCCCGAACCCCUCAACACCAUCCUCGGUCCUCGGAACAUACCGUCUCUCGCAAGACUGUCGAUACCAACACCACGGCAUCGACGGCCCCUUUUGGUAAGGUCCUCCCGGUCCCCACAGACCCUCACCAUCGAUCUCAUCCUGUUUCAGCAGGUCCAGCAGCCCCAGCAGACCCACUCGCAAGCAAAUCUAUUUCGGGCUAUUCCGGCGAAUCUCCAAACACUCCAAAACACCAUCACAAAUCCCACCGAUUCUCGUCGUGCCUCGGCAGUCACAACUCGGCGCAGCGGCAUUUGAAGGUCCCUACAGCAGAGCAAUAUCCAAGAGCUGCACCCCGCAACGCCAUCCGCACCCAAGAAUGCGGGGAAGAGCAAAACCCGGCAUGGUCAGCUGCCGUCGUCGUAUUUGGCGUGGAUCUCCCGCCGGGGUUCCCCGGAUUGUGCUGUGGUACCUGCCCGAGCUGCCGGUCGGAGGAUCUGUCUUUGACAUUCUUUGGUGGAGUUGAGAAGCCGUCGUGUGCCGUUCGGGAAGGGGGCCGAUCCGCCAAGCCGCGCCCAGGUUCGCUUCACGACCCUGAUUUAGUAAUAUCUCGAUGGCGCUAGACCCCAAAGAGGAAUGCUUGCGGCGGGCCUCGGCGUUUGGGACGACCAUGUUCAAGGAGUCCGCCGUCAAGGGGUGCCCAGGGCUUGGUAUGUUUCCUGCGUGGGGAACACCAAAGACAGCUGAAGAUGAUGAUGGUUUCACGGAUUCGUGUGAGCCUCAACCUCACGUAUAAGUAGACGGCGAACGCCACUCGACUGCAAACAUCUCCCUCCAG